UUGUCAGAUGAAAGGAUCGGGGAAAUGUUGCAUGGAUCAAGAAGAAGGGUCUUUUGUGAGUAGGCAGGAAAAGAUAUGUACCAAACUGUAUAAUGAAGACGAAUUCCAGCCCUUGGAUCCAUCCCAGGAACCUAUAUUCCCUCCCGAACUGAUAAGGAUGGUGGAAGAUCCAAGCAAGAGAAGGCUGACAUUUCAAGGGGAAAGGACCACCUGGAUUACCCCUGUGGCCCUGAAUGACCUCCUGGAGCUGAAAGCCAAGUACCCCAAGGCCCCCCUUGUCAUGGGGAACACUGCAGUGGGACCCGGCAUUAAAUUCAAAGAUGAAUUCCAUCCAGUUUUCAUAUCUCCAUUUGGGCUUCCAGAACUGCAUUUUGUGGACAGCACGGACAAUGGGGUGACAAUCGGGGCGGGCUACAGCCUCGCCCAGCUGAAUGAUGCCUUAGCUUUUAUUGUUUCGGAGCAACCAAAGGAGAAGACUAAGACCUACCGUGCCCUCCGGACGCACCUGAGGACGCUUGCCGGAGUCCAGAUCAGGAGUAUGGCGACUUUAGGAGGACAUGUGGUGAGCAGGCCGAAUUUUUCUGACCUAAAUCCAAUUUUAGCAGCAGGAAAUGCUACCAUCAAUCUGAUAUCUAAAGAAGGAGAACGGCAGAUUCCUUUAGAUGGCCAUUUCCUGGAGAGAGCGCCUGAAGCUGACCUUAAGUCAGAAGAGAUUGUGUUAUCUGUUUAUAUUCCCCAUUCUACACAGUGGCACUUUGUGUCGGGACUGAGGCUGGCCCAACGCCAGGAGAAUGCCUUUGCCAUUGUCAAUGCCGGGAUGAGUGUGAAGUUUGAAGAUGGCACAGACACAAUCAAGGACCUUAAAAUAUUCUAUGGGCGUGUUGGCCCCACUGUGGUCUCUGCAAACCAAACCUGCAAGCAGCUCAUUGGGAGGCAAUGGGAUGACCAAAUGCUGAGCGAUGCGUGCCGAUUGGUCCUGGAUGAGAUUUACAUUCCGCCAGGAGCUGAGGGUGGCAUGGUAGAAUAUAAGCGAACCCUCAUGAUCAGCUUACUCUUCAAAUUCUACCUCAAAGUGAGGCGAGGACUGAAUAAAAUGGAUCCCCAGAAGUUUCCUGACAUCCCAGAAAAUUUCAUGAGUGCUGUAGACAAUUUCCCCAUAGGAACACCACAAGGACUUCAGAUGUUCCAGUGUGUGAAUCCCCACCAACCUCCUCAAGAUCCAGUCGGCCACCCCAUGAUGCACAAGUCAGCCAUUAAACAUGCCACUGGGGAAGCCGUGUACGUUGAUGACAUGCCCCCUGUCGCCCAAGAACUCUUCCUGGCGGUAGUUACCAGCACCAGAGCUCAUGCAAAGAUCAUAGCAAUUGAUGUUUCAGAAGCCCUGGCACUCCCCGGUGUUGUUGAUGUGAUAACAGCAGAGGACGUUCCGGGAGAUAAUAACCAUAAUGGAGAGGUUCUCUAUGCACAGAACGAGGUAAUUUGCGUGGGUCAGAUCGUCUGCACCGUGGCCGCUGAUACCUAUGCCCAUGCGAAAGACGCCGCUAAGAAAGUGAGGAUUGCUUAUGAAGACAUAGAACCUCGGAUUAUCACAAUAGAGCAAGCCCUAGAGCACAAUUCAUUUCUUGCUGAUGAGAAAAAAAUUGAGCAGGGAAAUGUAGAGCAAGCCUUUAAACAUGUUGACCAAAUCAUUGAAG